UUGCUAAGAAAUCCCGAAGCCUACAUUAUUGAAGAAUCCAUAAUCAAUCCAAAAACCCAAACAAUGAUUACGCUCACGAAAAAUAUAACACAUGCUCGUGUCAUGCAAGUAGAAGAAUGGCAGACUUUUCGAGUUGAUCCCAACAAUCGUGAAUUUACUCAGGUGAAAACAGAAGCCAAAUUUAUUAGUAAUUUUGGCUGGGGUUUAACCGAACGACUUGAAGGUUUUGGGGUGAAGAAGUUUAAUGACAGCUCUUUAAAGAGUCGAAAAGGGAUGUCCUAUAUCCUAGAAAAGAUUCGUGAGAAACAAUUGUUGCGUGGUCGCGGAUUCAUAACCGCUUAA